UGGACAUGUAGCUGUCCUUUUAUGAUGUUUCGGAUUCCAUUGUACUCCUGUUCCACGCGAUCAUUUUAUUUCAGAAUCAUCUCAUAUUUCCCACUUGAGGUCAGGUUCUUGAGGAAACUUAUUGCGAUCCAAGAUUAACUCCUUCAGUCAAGGCGUUUAAACAAGACGGACGAGGCUUUAUUCCAAACCGAGAGCGAUUGGCAGUCGAGUGUGUUGUGCUUCCCGGGCUCCGCCCCCAGACGGCGUCCGCGUCCUGACGCGGUCCACGUCGCGCUGCUGUCUCACAGGCGGACUCGCGCUGCGUGUGUACGCGUGUCUCCAGCUCUAGGCCCGGGAGUGAUGGCGGCGCCCGUCCUCAGAGUGUCCACCCCUCGGUGGGAGAGAAUAGCGAGGCUUCUAGUCUGCUUACUCGGUAUCCUACUUUCUCUCUACGCUUUUCACGUCGAGAGGGAAAAGGCUCGGGACCCGAGUUUUCGGGCUUUAUGUGACGUCAGCAGCUCCAUUAGCUGCUCCAAAGUGUUCAGCUCAAGAUGGGGUCGAGGAUUUGGACUCCUGGGCUCAAUUUUUGGGAAUGACAGCGCACUGAACCAGCCAAACAGUGUCUACGGAAUUGUCUUUUAUGCUUUCCAGCUUCUACUAGGAAUGACAGUCAGUGCCAUGGCAGCACUUAUUCUCAUGACGACGUCCAUCUUGUCGGUGGUGGGCUCCCUCUACCUGGGCUACAUCCUCUACUUUGUCCUGAAGGACUUGUGCGUCAUCUGCAUCACCACAUACGCGCUGAACUUCAUUCUCUUUAUUCUCAACUACAAGCGACUGGUUUACUUGAACGAGGCCUGGAAGCAGCAACUGCAGGCCAAAAGGGACUAAAGCUGUCGAGAGCGACAGGAAGAGAAAGGAGAAAAAAAUGACAAAAACGACAAAAAAUGAAAUGUGACCUCUGAACAUUUUACUCGCCACCAGGAGACCUUGCUUCCAAAAGAUGUUCAUUCUGCUGUGUGUUCAAAAAAAUGAAGAAAUUUAACUUAAGCGUUGGGCCUGACAUCUCCAUGUUGAUUGCAGACGAAAGAAAUUGUGAGCGAACAGUUGUUUUAUUUUUGUUUUGCUUUAACAUUCAAGUCACUAAAGGGAUGGGGCGAAGUGGGAGGUACUGGGGUGUCAACGAGAGCAAGCAGAGGGCCAGAAUACGUAAGCAUGGAGGAUGACUCUCAGAUCCUGAAGGCUCACAGAACAGAGACGUGGAACGUCGCGGGGGGUUUACUUGAACUCUGGUUAGUUGUUGCUGCACAGCAGAUCUGCACUAAAAGUCCCAUACUUAGCAACAAAAACACUCACAGUUAUGGUCCUUCUGUUUGUUUUCAAACAAACUUUUUUUUUUUUUCAUGUUUACACAUUAGAUUUUGUUAAAGGACCACUAAGGAUAAACAGGACAAUGUGAGAUAUCGUCUGUCAGUAGUUUGUAUGGCAAUUCUGUAUAUAGCUGCCGAGCAAUAUUCCAGGCUAGGACAUGGUUUAGUGUCGACAAAAAACCUUGAAGGGAAAAGUUCAAAAUGUCACCCAAAUGUUAUCACUGGAGCAAGUGUAGAUGAGGGGUGAGGGGGGGCGGCUAUGUGAACUCGGGCCACGUGGCUGGUCAGACCUGCAGCUCACGUGCGGCUGGUUUCAUGUCACAAGUGGUUUCUGCUUCUGAACCUGCUGACACAUGUUACUUAAAACUUAAAGGUCCUUUUCACAAGUUUGGUGAAAUGUCUGGGUAUUUUGUGAAAAGCAUUCCUGACCUCCACACAAGUGGAUCCAUACGACUUAUGUGCCUAAAGGAUUAAGUUCAUCUUUAUUUUUUAGGGGGGGUGGGCAGGGUGGAUGUCUUGUUAACACCACUUUUUUUGUUGUCUCACCUCUUAAGGCUUUAUUUUUGUGAUGGUUUUGUAAAUUAUUCUACCAGUGAAGUGUUUCUCCCUCUUCGGUUGGCGAGGUAGCGAAGGCUGCUACACUGUGAUUGUCUGCUCUGAGGUUUGUGGCCUGGUGGCAGAAGCAUCCCUCUUCACCUCGCCAAGUCAUUUCAUGCGUGUUUGACCUUGAUGUGUGUGAUGUCAGUCGAACAGUAGCGGUGAUGUUGUCCAGCUGAGUUACAGUUCAUUCGCUAAACUUGAUAUCAGUGGAACAAAUGUGACUUCGGGUCAUUGAGUAAGCCAUUUGUGAGGUGUUUCUAAGUUUAGAAAGUCAUUCACUAUUCCAUUCCAUCCUGUAUCAUUGAUGUUUCUUGCCUUGUCAAAUUGAACAAACACUCCCUGGUGAGAUGGAAGAACCUCCUGUGUUCACACCGUCUACAAUGUUCAAAGUUGGGAUCCAAUAAAGAGCAUCACUGCUUCAUUUGCAUGUAAUACUAGCAAGAUUCCACAUUUAAAAAAGUAGCUUCAUGUAAAAUCGAAUAAACCAAUGCGUUAAUGGCUUGGUUUGAAAAUAUUUAAAUCUUCAUAAUAAAACCUCUCGCCUUUUUUUUUUUUAAACAAGUUGCAAUGGAAGCAACUAAAAUGCUUCUUAUUAUUGAAUCUAUGACCCCCUUCGGCUGCGAGCACUUUUACACUGAAUGGUGCGGUUACAUUUUAUUCCGUCAGGCUCUGAGUUCUACGCCAGCACCAUCACAUCACCACAUGUCAACUCAAGUGCCUUCUGUUUGAUCACCAGGCCUCGAGCCAAAGACGAGCAAAAGUAUCAGCCUUGUGAAAACGAACCGGCACUUCCUUACCUGGUCAAUUGGUGGCUGCUCCUCCAGAUUCCGAUCCGAUUUUCUCACCCUUCCACUCUUUUCGUCUAGCGCUAGCGACACCAUCGUCACUAAUUUUAGCUGUAUAGACUGUUAACAUUCAGGAUUAUUUUAGAAGACAAAAGCCGAGGGCUGUGGAGGGGCUAGGAAUCCAUGUGUCAGCAUCAGUUUGAAUCUUUCUUUGUGGAGAUCCGUUGUAGUGGGUUUGCUUCUGUAUUGCCAAAUAUGUUUUAAAAUGCUGUAUUUUCUUACAUGGAAAAGUGUUACACAAAUGGUUGGAGGGAGUGAAAUUGUUUCAGUCCAACUUCCAUUAAAAAGGAAAACUGGAGAAGGUAGACGUUUUUUUUUUUUUUUUUUGUUAUUGUGUCAUUGUCACGUGGAAAUGAUCUACCAUU